AUGGGAAAAACUUAUCAGAAAAAAAUUCACAAAAGGACCAAACGAGAGUUCCCGAGGAUGCCGUCACCACCGACGACGACUUCCCUCUCCGUCACGCAAACCAUAAACGGAUCCCACAGCUUCACGAUCAAAGGCUACUCUCUAGCCAAAGGAAUCGGGAUCGGGAAACACAUCGCGAGCGACACGUUCACCGUCGGCGGGUACGAGUGGGCCAUCUACUUCUACCCCGACGGCAAGAAUCCCGAGGAUAACUCGGCGUACGUCUCUGUUUUUAUUGCGUUGGCUAGCGAUGGGACCGAUGUGAGGGCGUUGUUCGAGCUGUCGUUGCUGGAUCAGAGUGGGAAAGGGAAGCAUAAGGUUCAUAGUCAUUUUGAUCGUGCUCUUGAGAGUGGGCCUUAUACUCUUAAGUAUCGUGGGAGCAUGUGGGGAUACAAACGCUUUUUUAGAAGAACUCUACUAGAAGCAUCUGAUUAUCUCAAGGACGACUGUCUGAAGAUCAACUGCACCGUGGGAGUUGUGGUCUCCGAAAUAGACUGCCCACGCUUACAUUCCAUCCACGUCCCUGCUUCUGACAUUGGAUCUCACUUCGGAAUGCUUCUUGAGAACGAGGACGGUUCAGAUAUAACCUUCAACGUCUCCGGUGAAAAGUUCCGUGCUCACAGGCUUGUGUUAGCUGCUCGGUCUCCCGUCUUCGAAAGCGAGUUUCUCGAUGUUAUUGGAGAAGCAGAAGAGCGUGAUAUCGAAGUUACAGACAUGGAACCAAAGGUUUUCAAGGCUUUGCUUCAUUACAUAUACAAAGAUGCUCUCAUCGAAGAUGCGGAGACAGUAUCAUCUUCUGGCUCUUCAGUUGGUCCAUCAGCAUCAGAUACAUUAGCUGCAAAGCUGUUAGGAGCUGCUGAUAAGUACAAGUUGCCUAGACUUAGCUUAAUGUGCGAGUCAGUGCUCUGCAAGGAUAUAUCAGUAGACUCCGUUGCUAAUAUACUAGCACUUGCGGACCGUUACAAUGCUUCUGCCUUGAAAUCAGUUUGUCUGAAAUUCGCAGCGGAAAAUCUCAUUGCUGUUAUGAGAUCAGAUGGGUUUGAUUAUCUGAGAGAACACUGCCCAUCACUCCAGUCUGAGCUUCUCAAAACAGUUGCUGGAUGUGAAGAGGAGUUAAGCGGAGGAGGAGGGGGAGGAGGGAAGACGAGAAGCGUGUGGGGGCAGUUCUCAGACGGUGGAGCUGACACAAACGAGAGGAGCGUUAGGCAACAACAACAGCAACAUGCUUGGGGAGAGGUCAAUGGAGCAGAGAGAAGCCAGAGUGUUUGGGUUCAAGUUGUGAACGCUAAUGCAAGCGGUAGAAACAACGAUGAUGAUAAUAACAACGAGAAUGGUGAUGAUGACGACGACCCCAUGGCAGAAGAUUGAGCAAAUAAAAGAGUAAUAAAGAGGGUGUUAUCGUUUGUAUAUUUUAAUGGAUUUGAAAAUCUAAAUCAAAUUUAGUGUUAUUGCUUCUAUCAUUUUAAAAUCCAAUUUCAAAUCAUUUGAUAUUGGUUUUAUGAUUUUAAAACAAAUUUUAGAAUUAUGUGUUAUUUAAUAACAUGGAUUUGUUUAAAGAUUUAAUUUAGAUUUGGAUUUGA